AUGUAUGCACACACAGUUAUAUUUGUACAAGUUUAUUUUCGUUUCAUUCAAGGCCCUUAUUCAUUGAGCGUUCGUGAUUUAGAUGAUCAACGUGAUGCGCAUGUGAAACACUAUAACAUACGUUCAUUAGAUGCAAAACAGGGCUAUUAUAUAGCAGCAAGAAGAGUAUUUAAAACAUUAGAGGAAUUAGUCAAACAUUACAGUGGUAUAUUACGACAGUUUUUGUUUAUUUAUAUCGAUACUAAUUUACCAAUCGAAUUAACUUAA